AUGUCACCGCUAGAUGACUUCAGACCCGCGCCGCUCUGCAGCGAGAUCGACCCGCCACUCGUCAUUCCGCUGCCUCCACUCAGCGAAAUGGAUCCGCCCACAGUGCCAGUUGCUGUUCCCGUACCGGUGUGGGUGUCGCCAGAUCGCAGCGAGAUCGACCCACCAGUGCCGCUGCUGCCCGUACCAACCUUCAAGAGCACAGACCCGCCGUUGCCACCCGUGCUGCCACCAGUGCCCACCGUCACGCCGCCCACCGUGCCUGCCAGCCACCAUCCAAAGUGCGCACCAGCACGCUGCCACUCGUGA